CCAGACCAACCUAUUUUCUCACUCGUCAGUUCGCCGCAUAGCGACGAACUCCAAGUGGAAAACACGAUGCUCGCCCCUCUCGGUGGAGGCGGCAUAUGGGCACCCGCCACGCUGCGGGUUGUCCGUACUGCCGCCCUCAACGCGGGCAAGAUGAUCCGGGCCAAGCUCGCAGCAGCAGCGGCUCGCCCGGCUAACAACGCCGCCCUCGAACCCGUCCUCGUACGCAACGCACCCAACCCGCGCCAGCCUAUCCACCCCUCCGCAUUUCUACGCCAGCAGAAGUCCCGACGAUGGCACUCGACCACCACGACUACGUACAAGAACAUCAACGCUGCGAUCCGCCGCUUUAUGAGCACUGGCCGGCUUGACGCCGCGCCCCGGGUCGACCGGUCCAAGUUCCUCAACACGCAGACCGGCCGCGCUGUUGCUCAGAUCACAGGUCGUGCCCCCUUCGCUAGCGCCCUACGACCGAACCUUACCGGAGGUGCACUCCCUCGUACCGCCGGUGGAUACGGUCUCGGGUCCGGACGUGUGGGCGGAGCUCGCUACUUCUCCCACACACCCGCGGCUCAGGCCCAGGUCGUCCAGAACGUUUCGGCUGCGGUCAGAGCAUUCUGGAUUUCCGGCCAGAAGGCACAGUUUGAUGGGCUUACCGCCCGCGGCGAGAAGAAGUAUCGCACGGUCUCAACUCUUCAAGACGAGACCACCCGCAAGAUGGCGGCUGCGAAGCACAACAUUCCAGGCUCUUUCAUCGACUUCAACCUGAGCCCUACCGUUACUGCUCUCAGCCCCCUCGCUGCUGCGUUCCCCUACCCCUCCGCCGGUUUCAAGUUCCCCGCUCUCGACACCACAACUCUUAACACCGACGGCUUCCUCGACGUUCUGUCGGUCGACUUCGCCCGCGCUCUGAAGGACCUUACCUCGACCUUGGCAGAUAUUAAGAAGCUCUCCUCGCUAGGGGACCUUCCGAUACAGCUCGAGAAAGGCCAUACACUGCGGGUCCGCUUCCCAGGCGUCGACGCCGAGACCGUAGAGUCCUUGUGUGAUGACCUCGGGUUGACAAGGGGCGUCGUAAGGGAAGACUCAGACUUCGCGGCUGAAACAGGUGUCUCGAUGGCACUGAAGUUCCCUUUCGCCCCCGGUGCCAAUAGCAACGACACAAGAACACUCACUUCGCCCGGCCGCUCGUUAAGGUCUCAAGGUAGCUUCUUCCCCGCAGAACAGGGGCUCUUCGAAGAGGACUUCAGCGAGAUGGAAGACAACCCUUGGAUGUCGCUACCGGACGACCUGGAAGGGUACGAGAGUAUGUCGCCACCGAUCAGUUCGGGUGAGCACUGUUCGGAAGACUUCGAGGGCCUCGAGGGUAUCUACCGAUUCUUAGAGGAGUGCGACGAUGCUCAUGGAAGAUUCUGAGCAGGUUGCUGAUACAUACAUGAUGAAUUACGAAGGACACACGUUUUCUUGGGAGGAUUAAAUUGAAGUAAAUGGGAUAAGGAUGCUUUUUUGACGUACCUAGGAACCACACUCAUUGUAUACAUAUCGCGGAACGAUAUACUAGGUAGUCUAGUCUUUGGGACUGCUGGUCCCAUGUGAGAAUUUUCAUAUGUCGCUACUAUACCAAAUAUACUUAAACGAACAUCAAUAUAAACACAAAUGAGGAAAUGAAUGAGGAAAUGGGUAUCUGAAAUUGGACAACUACCUAGGAAUAGUUAGAGCGUGAAGCUUAUAUAUAGAGAACACGAACUGUCUUCGAGACU